AUGUCCUUGGCGUUCACGUUGCCCGUGUCCACCAGGCGCUUCACGCGCGUCACGUCCCCAUUGCGGCAGGCCUCCAGCAGCUCGCGGAAGGUUUCCCUAACAUUAAAAGAGACGUUACUGAAAAGUAAAAUUACUGAAAGACGAAUUAGUCCUGUGUCUCUCAAACCAAGACACAGGAAAAACAUCAACAGCAACAUUUCCUGGAGAAUUCCCAGUACCCCAGAUACCAGGGCUGCCAGUGCUGAAGCGCUGACCAGGUCUAACGCUGGGGGCACAGAAAGUCAGAAAACAGGCAUUCCAAAGAAAUUAGGAUCUGGUCUACGGCUUAAGAUGCUGAACCUCUCCUCCAAUCUGAUGGGGGAGUUCCCUGCUGCCAUCUUGGCGCUGCCCAGCCUGGAGGAGCUCUACCUGAGCCGCAACCAGCUCACCCUGCUGCCCCCUCGCCUCUCUCAGCUCCGCCAGCUCCGUACCCUCUGGCUGGACAACAACCGCAUCCGCUACCUGCCCGACUCCAUCGUGCUCCUCCACAGCCUGGAGGAGCUGGUUCUGCAAGGCAACCAGAUUGCCAUCCUGCCCGAGGGCUUCGGGCAGCUCUCCCGCGUCACCCUGUGGAAGAUCAAAGACAACCCUCUCAUCCAGCCCCCCUAUGAGGUAUGCAUGAAGGGCAUCCCUUACAUCGCAGCCUACCAGCAGGAGCUUGCCCACUCGCAGCCUGCCCUCAAACCCCGCCUCAAGCUGGUCCUCAUGGGCCUAAAGGAUGCAGGAAAGACCCUGCUGAGACGAUGUCUCAUGGAGGAGGAUGGACAGAGGGAAGACAUAGGAAGGGAAACACUGUGCCCUGCACCGUCACUGCCACCGGAUGCCUCCCAAGUAUCAUCAGGACUGGGACUGUCAGGAGGCAGCAAGGGCAUUGAGGUGAUGGACUGGACAGCGGAUGCAGAGAGGGGCCUGACAUUCAUUGUGUACGAGCUGGCGGGGGACCCAAGCUAUGAUGUGAUCCAGUCUUUCUUCCUCUCUCCUGGAGCCCUGUAUGUGCUGGUGGUGAAUUUGAGUGCCUACGUCCCUCAGCACUUCUACCCCUCUGUGGGCUAUUUCUUGCACUGGCUCGGUUCCAAGGUGCCCCAUGCUGUGGUGUGCAUGGUGGGAACCCACGCUGACCUCUGUGCAGAGCGGGAGUUGGAAGAGAAGUGCCUGGACAUCCAUCACCAGAUUGCUCAGCAGGAGAAGAGGGAUGCUGAGGGACUCCAGAGCUUGGUCCAGCAGGUGGAUGAGGCUCUGGGACAGGACUUUGACCUGCGCUGCUCCAGCCCGCACGCUGCCUUUUAUGGGGUCUCAGACAAGAACUUGCGGCGAAAGAAAGCCCAGUUUCAGUACCUUCUCAACCACCGCCCACAGAUCCUCUCUCCAGUGCUGCCUUUCAGCUGCUGGGACCGUUGCCAGGUGCGUCGCCUGCGGGACAAGCUCCUCUCAGUGGCUGAGCACCGGGAUAUCUUCCCAAACCUGCAUCGAGUGUUGCCCAAAUCUUGGCAAGUGCUGGAGGAGCUGCACUUCCAGCCGCAGGCUCAGCAGCUGUGGCUUAGCUGGUGGGACUCUGCCCGUUUGGGCUUGCAGGCGGGCCUGACAGAGGAUCGGCUCCAGAGUGCCCUGUCCUACCUGCACGAGAGUGGGAAGCUGCUCUACUUUGAGGAGCACCUCACCUUGCGGGAGUACGUGUUCCACAACCUGCCACGGCUCAUUGACAUCCUCAAUGUCUUCUGCCAGCGGGAUGCCACCGUGCUGCUCCAGAAACUGCUCAGCGACACCCACAUUGACGAACUGAGGGCCACUCAGCUCCACCAUUACGUGGAAGGGUUCUUGUUGCAUGGCCUCCUCCCUGCCCAUGUUAUCCGUCUCCUUCUUAAGCCUCACAUCCAGAGCCGGGAGGAUCUGCAGCUCAUCCUGGAGCUGCUGGAGAAGAUGGGGCUCUGUUACUGUGUCAACAAACCCAAAUGCAAACCCCUAAACGGGGCGGCUGCUUGGUACAAGUUUCCCUGCUACGUGAAAAAUGAGGUGCCCCAUGCAGAGGCGUGGAUCAACGGUGCCAAUCUGAGUGGACAGUCCUUCGUGGUUGAGCAGCUGCAGAUUGAAUAUAGUUUUCCAUUCAUUUUCCCACCCGGCUUGUUUGCACGCUACAGCGUCCAGAUUAACAGCCACGUGGUUCAGCGGUCAGAUGGCAAAUACCAGAUCUAUGCCUACCGGGGAAAGGUGCCCGUGGUGGUGAGUUACCGGCCUGCCAGGGGAGCUCUGCAGCCAGAUACUCUGUCUAUCGCUAGUCAUGCGUCCCUACCAAAUAUCUGGACAGCUUGGCAAGCUAUUACCCCUUUAGUGGAAGAACUGAAUGUCCUGCUCCAGGAAUGGCCGGGCCUGUACUACACUGUGCACGUCCUCUGUUCAAAGUGCCUUAAAAGAGGGUCACCCAACCCACACACUUUUCCAGGAGAACUGCUGAGUCAGCCAAGACCAGAGGGAUUGACGGAGAUCAUUUGUCCCAAGAACGGCAGCGAGCGAGUUAAUGUUGCCUUGGUUUACCCCCCAACGCCUACUGUGAUCAGCCCUUGUUCCAAGUGA